CGUGAUACCAGAAAGAUUUCAGGUUCUCCAGCACUACUCAAGGCCUGCGUGUCAGAAGCUUUCAUCCCCGUGAAACUUUUCUUCGACGAGUGUGAUUUUCAUACACCCCACCUAUCCUCCAGACUUGCGUAACUCUGCUUAAUUCCACUAGAGGCUACCUCAUCAUGGCUGGUACGAGAAACUAUGACUUCCUGAUCAAACUAUUAUUGAUCGGAGACUCUGGGGUGGGGAAAUCGUGUUGUUUGUUACGAUUCAGCGAAGACUCAUUUACCCCAUCCUUCAUCACGACUAUUGGAAUUGACUUCAAGAUCCGUACAAUUGAGCUGGACGGGAAGCGUGUAAAGCUUCAGAUAUGGGAUACGGCUGGACAGGAACGUUUUCGGACGAUUACAACGGCUUACUAUAGAGGGGCAAUGGGCAUACUUCUUGUCUAUGAUGUCACCGAUGAACGGUCAUUUCAAAACAUCCGUACAUGGUUCUCAAACGUCGAACAACAUGCAAGUGAGGGUGUUCAUAAAAUCCUCAUCGGAAACAAGUGUGAUUGGGAGGAGAAGAGAGCCGUGUCAACUGAACAGGGCCAGCAACUAGCCGAUGAGCUUGGCAUACCUUUCCUCGAAGUGUCAGCAAAAAACAAUAUCAAUAUCGAAAAAGCCUUUUACAAUCUUGCCUCGGAAAUAAAGAAAGGCAUGGACACAUCUAAAUCUGAACAGGCAGGUUCGCAGGGCGUCAGCAUAGAUCAGCAAGGCCCAGGGCUGAAUGGUAACACAGGGGGCAAGUGUUGUUGACCUCGCUAGUAUCAUUGCCUGCCUCACCCUUUCGAUGAACCCUUACAACCAUACAUUUGUUUCUCUAGAUUCCCGGCACACGGUUUUCCUAUUAUGAACCCGAAUAAGCUAGGGCUUUGACGCCUCUAUAGAGGCAUUCUCUUUUCGCGGACCUCCUUUUUCGUAUAUGUUCGUGAAUUUCGGUUGAGGAGCGGGCCGCUAUUUCUGUUAGUCUUUUGAAAAUGUUAGGUGGCGUUGUUUAAUUCAUGUUACUCUAUUCCUGGGUAUCUAUGUUAUAGGUUGUGGACUGUGUAUUGCCAUAAGUAUCAUAAUGUAUCAUGUAUUUUUGGCUUGGGAGGGACAAGAAUGUGUGCUGAUACUUAAAAGCAUCCUUUACCAUGGGUAUAGCUGUCGCUUUGAGAAAAGGCAGAGAAGGAAAGUGACCAAGUAGCCAUCUUCCCUUUCUCACCUUAAUUAUAUAACUGAUUGUUAUCCAAUUGAAAAGAAUAAA